GGUCGUGGGCUUUCCGCCAGGCCCCGCGCAGGCCUCCCCAGCGCCUGUCCCGCCGUCCGCGCGCCGGACAGCUCGCUGGCACCUGUUUCCUGCCGUCACGCGGGUCGCUCCGGUCGGGCCAGGCACCGAGUCUCCGAAAUCCGACCCUCUCCAGGGGCACCGUGACCGGCUGGGCGGAAGAAGCCCUACCCCGCCGCCUUGCGGGGCGCCACUCGUCCUGCGCCCUUGAGCCGCUCUCGGACACCAGGGCCCCCUUUUCUGUCCAACAGAACUCGCUGCGAAAACUUCUUUCUGCAGGUGCCCUGCCUCCCGCUGCCUGAGGAAGGAGGAGAAAUGAAAGCCCAAGAACCCUGACUCCACUAGGCGUGGGAUCAUCCUGGAACUAGGAAAAAGAAAACAGAAACCAGGUCAUAAUUUAUGCCUGCUGCAGAAAUGCUUUCUGAACAGACAGCAGCCCUGGGAACAGGCUGGGAGUCAAUGAAUGUACAACUGGAUGGAGCAGAGCCCCAGUUGCAAAGAGGAAACUGGGAAGAGGGGCCAUGGAGAACAACAGCGGGGCCACUGGAGCGCCUGCACUGUGGCCUUGAAGAGGAGCCACAGCCCCUUCAGGAGAAGGCUCAGUCUGCUCCCUGGAUUCCAGCAAGUCCCCAGGAAGGGAGUACCGGGGACUGGGAGAUGGCAGCUGCACUUCUUGCAGCCGGAUCACAG